AUGAUUUUUGCUGAUGGUCGGCAAGGAUGUACUCGUACCUCAGGAGAAAAGUGUAAUUCCGAUGAAGAAUGCCCCAAAAGUUGUGCAAGUGGUCGUUGUGAUUUUACUUCUGGAAAAGGAAGAUGUGCCCAGAACAAUGGAGGACAAUGCAAUAAUGAAAUGAUACCGACUGUGCAGUUAGUAGGCGACAAAGGAAAAUGUGCUUUAGAACUAAGCAAUGGGAAAGAUUGCAAUGACGAUAAUGAUUGUCUCUUUAAUAUAGAUAAUCGUGAUGAUGGAAGCUUUUGCGAAUCUCCUUCCGCGUGUAUGUCUGUGAAUUGUGAUGAUAGCGGAAGAU